CUCUCUGCCUCCGUUCGAGCAGCAUCUAGCUCAGCUCUACUAUCAGUUUUCUAAGUGCGAUAUAUUGUGUGUGUGUAGUGACCAUCAUGGCAAGUCCAGCAGUUUACGAACCAGUACAAGUGGACGUCGAGCAAGUCCAGCCAAUCUCCAGGACUUACCAAUACAGAAAGGUUAUGAAGCCUAUGCUUGAAAGAAAGCGGCGAGCCAGGAUCAACCGCUGCCUUGACGAGCUGAAGGAGUUGAUGGUUUCGGCCCUCCAGUCCGACGGUGAGAACGUGGCCAAACUGGAAAAAGCCGACAUCCUGGAGCUGACGGUCCGCCACCUCCACAAACUGAGGAAGGCCCGCAGACUCUCCUUGACAGGCACAGAUGACAGAUUCCGCGCUGGGUACACCCACUGCGCCGGGGAGGUGAGCAAGUGCCUGGCCAGCACCCCGGGCGUCGACGUGCGCCUAGGCACCAAGCUCAUGUCGCACCUCGGCCACCGCCUCAACGAAAUGGACGUCUGCAGCCCCCUGUCCGUCCGGACCUCCGAGCCGGCACCUCUCAGCCCGACCUACUCCUUGCCGCCCACUCCGGCUUCCUCCAGAUCUUCAGAUUCUCCUGCACCUCAAGAGUUCUCUGGGCUCCUCAAGGUGGCUCCUCAGCAAGUCUGGAGGCCGUGGUAAUUCUUAUCACCACACCUUCUUCUUCUCCGGUGUCUUUCAUCAGCUUUAAAUUGAGACUUCAAGUGCCUUUUCUAUUAUAUAUAUAUAUAUAUUUCGUUUCAAAGUGUAC